GGCUCGUCGCCACUGCCUCUCGAACUCUGCCUCAGCUAACAGAGCAAGGCCGAGAUGGCGACGGCGGCUUGGCUUCUGGGACGGCGCGUCGCAAAUUGGAGGCUGCGGACUCCGCUGGCGCCGCUCGGCAGCCUCGUGUCCCAGCGGGCCCACUCCCUCUUGCCCGUGGACGAUGCGAUCAACGGGCUCAGCGAGGAGCAGAAGCAGCUUCGUCAGACCAUGGCUAAGUUUCUGCAGGAGCACCUAGCCCCCCAGGCCCAGGAGAUUGAUCAGAGCAAUGAGUUCAGGAACCUUCGAGCGUUUUGGAAGCAGCUGGGAAACCUGGGGGUCCUAGGCAUCACUGCCCCUGCUCAGUACGGCGGCUCUGGCCUGGGCUACCUGGAGCAAGUGCUGGUGAUGGAGGAGAUAUCGCGAGCUUCCGGAGCAGUGGGGCUCAGCUAUGGUGCUCACUCCAACCUCUGCGUCAACCAGAUUGUGCGCAAUGGCAACGAGGCCCAGAAGGAAAAGUACCUCCCCAAGCUGAUCAGCGGCGAGUACAUUGGAGCCUUGGCCAUGAGUGAGCCCAGCGCUGGCUCUGAUGUCGUCUCCAUGAAGCUAAAGGCGGAAAAGGAAGGGGAUCACUACGUCCUGAACGGCAACAAGUUCUGGAUCACCAAUGGGCCCGACGCGGACAUCCUUAUUGUCUAUGCUAAAACCGAUCUGGCUGCUGUGCCAGCCUCUCGAGGCAUCACGGCCUUUAUCGUGGAGAAGGGCAUGCCUGGCUUCAGCGCCUCCAAGAAGCUGGACAAGCUGGGGAUGAGGGGCUCUAACACCUGCGAGCUAAUCUUUGAAGACUGCAAGGUGCCCGCUGCCAAUAUCCUGGGCCAUCUAGGUAAGGGCGUCUACGUGCUGAUGAGUGGGCUGGACCUGGAGCGGCUGGUGCUGGCCGGCGGGCCCCUCGGGCUCAUGCAGGCUGUCCUCGACCACACCAUUCCCUACCUGCACAUGAGAGAAGCCUUUGGCCAGAAGAUUGGCCACUUCCAGCUGAUGCAGGGGAAGAUGGCCGACAUGUACACCCGCCUCGUGGCAUGUCGGCAGUACGUCUACAAUGUCGCCAAGGCCUGUGAUCAGGGCCACUGUACUGCCAAGGACUGCGCGGGGGUGAUUCUUUACUCGGCUGAGUGCGCCACGCAGGUAGCCCUGGAUGGCAUUCAGUGUUUUGGUGCCAAUGGCUACAUCAACGACUUUCCCAUGGGCCGCUUUCUGCGAGAUGCCAAACUGUAUGAGAUUGGGGCUGGGACCAGCGAGGUGAGGCGGCUGAUCAUCGGCAGAGCCUUCAACGCAGACUUCCACUAACGCCAAGACCCUUCGCCCCUUUUCCCAGCACCUAGAGGCCUUUUUUUUGGGAGUGGAGAUAUGACAGCUCUCCUGAGGCCCAGCUGCUGAGUGCUCAGGCCUCAGAGCUGGGCCAGCCAGCCAGGCCAGACGCAGCAGGUUGUGGGCAGGCAUGGGGGGAAGGGAGCGGCAUUUCUAGCCACACCUUCUGAUCUGAAGAUGCUGUGGGACAUUAAUGAAGGUUGUGGCUAGUGGAGGGCCUAAUUGAAAAGUGUUUAGUGGCUGAAAAUGGACUCAGCGGGAGGCGCACUGGCUUUUCUGGGGCUUGUUGGGAAGGCUCUGGUGACUCUCUAACUUUCAAGUCCUCCACUUCCCUGGGUGGGCACUUGGGCACUUGGGGGCAGGUAGGCAGCCACCCAUUUUUCAGCUAUACCUCUGCCAGGGAGUCCAGGACACAAGAAGCAUUGCUACUCUCCAUGUAUUUGAACCUCUAGUAGUCUAUUCUUUGUUGAGGGGUGGGGACUGCCAAAACCUAGCCUUUGUUUCUGCCAAUUUCUAGAGGCAUCCACUCCUCGCAGCUUAGGAACAGGUGCCCACUCUGCAGCAGCUCAUCUGUUCACCCAGGGCUCCAUUUGUUCGGGCUGAGAUCCCGCCCUGGUGGGUUGGAGCUCUGGGAAUAGGUGUCUCAGAACACUGUGCCACCCGGACUCCACCAUGGGGCAGAAGUCAGUGUGCUGGGGAGGGAUCAACUCAGCGCUGGUCUCCCUGGCAGCACCUCGAAGCCCUUGAGCACUCCUCUGCCACCACCACUGUCCAGUCCUGGCCAGAUGACAGCCCAGGGUGGGCCUGGGAUGGCGGCUCCACUCCAGCCAAGGCUGGCUGUGUACAUUUCUCUGGACGCCCCUCAGCUAGUUCUGUUACAACAGCAUAGUGGCUGCUGCCAUUUUGUAUGAAACAUACUAGGAUGCAAACCCAUCUGCUUCUAAACUGGUGUUUUGGGAGCAAAGCUAUCUACUUGCUAUGGCCUCCUGUCCGGCUCUCGUCCCAUGUCCUUGGAGAAUGGCUACUCCAGGUGCUUACCCCCCUGCCCUUCAGCCUGCUCACUGGUGAUGCAGGACAGAAGUGGCCUCUGUCUUUAGGACAGAAGAGGUUUUAACCUCCCUUUCCCAGAUUUCCCAGAGAGGUUAAGAGUCUUGGAGCUAGAAGGAAGCUCCACGGACACCAUCCCCAUGGUAUUUAAAAAGAUCAAGACAAUUUGAUUUUUUCAAGGUCAGAACUGGAACUAGAAUCCAGAUGAACAGAAAUGAGAAUGCUAGCCUGGGGCCCCACCACACAGUCAAGAGUGGAAUGGGUUUGGGUUGUUCCACACUCUCUGAAUUCCUUCAAAGAACUGGUUUUCUUGGCUCUCAGCCCAGAGGUGCCUUUCUGACUUUUGGUCCUGGCCUGCAGCCAACUGGUUCCAGCCUGAUGCUUGAGAGAGGUGGAGUUAGUGCUUUACCGAACCCCAGCCCAGUUCCAUCCUAACGACGGGGAGGGGGGACCCCGUGCUUGAGGCACUGUCCCCUUACGUCCCCUCCCUGCCCCUUGCUGUGUUGGAGAUGAAUGUGGCCAGAAUACUGGUCUUGCUGGGUUUAAAGUGUAGCUGGAACGAAGGGUCUAGAGACAUUCAGAAUGUGACAGAGGGGAAUGUUUCCUCCAGUCUGUGUGAGUUAAGGAGCCCUGCCACGAACGUGGGGAGAAUGUGACUAUUCUCCUUAUAAUCUAUGUGAAAUAGAAAAGAAGUGUUUUAAAAUAAAGCCAAAAAUAAGUAAAUAAAA